GCUACAUCCCCUAUGCAUCUCCUACCAGCCCACACAAACGCACGCACGCGCACGCGCGCGCACACACGCUCCAGAAAAAAAGGAGGAAAAAAAAAACACAGCUCGACAGCGCGAGAUGACAGCGAAGAGAGACGCGUCGCGGCCGCUGAGCAGCUCUCGCCUCCGGGAGAGGAAGGGAGCGGCGGAGCGGGCGCAGGCUAACCCCGACUGGUUUGAUCUCUCCCCUCGGCAGGAACCGGAGAAAGGGCCGGUGUCCGCGGCGGGGAUCCAUGCCCAUGUGGUGGGGGCGGUCGCCGGCUCCGGUGCCGCGGACGAGUCGUCUGACAGCGAAGCGGAGCAGGAAGGCCCCCAGAAACUCAUCCGGAAAGUGUCCACCUCGGGCCAGAUUAGGAGCAAGACGAGUAUAAAGGAGGGACUGUUGCUGAAACAGACCAGCUCGUUCCAGAGGUGGAAAAAGCGCUACUUCAAACUGAGAGGCCGAACGCUCUACUACGCCAAAGACGCCAAGUCCCUUAUCUUCGACGAGGUGGACCUGUCGGAUGCCAGCGUUGCAGAGUCCAGCACAAAGAAUGUCAACAACAGCUUCACCGUGAUCACGCCGUUCCGUAGGCUCAUCCUCUGCGCCGAGAACAGGAAAGAGAUGGAGGACUGGAUCAGUUCGCUGAAGUCCGUCCAGUCCAGAGAGCAUUACGAGACGGCACAGUUUAAUGUGGAACAUUUCUCGGGGAUGCACAACUGGUACGCCUGCUCGCACGCCCGGCCUACCUUCUGCAACGUCUGCAAAGACAGCCUGUCCGGGGUCACGUCUCACGGCCUCUCCUGCGAAGUGUGCAAAUUCAAGGCCCACAAGCGCUGUGCUGUCAGAGCCACUAACAACUGCAAAUGGACAACCCUGGCUUCCAUAGGGAAGGAUAUCAUUGAGGAUGAGGAUGGGAUUGCCAUGCCUCACCAGUGGAUGGAGGGCAACCUGCCCGUCAGUGCCAAGUGCGCUGUGUGCGAUAAGACGUGCGGCAGCGUCCUGAGGCUGCAGGACUGGCGCUGCCUCUGGUGCAAAGCGAUGGUGCACACCGCCUGUAUGGACCUGUACCCUCGCAAGUGUCCUCUCGGUCAGUGCAAAGUCUCCAUCAUCCCCCCGACGGCACUCAACAGCAUCGACUCCGAUGGCUUCUGGAAGGCCACCUGCCCCCCGUCCUGCGCCAGUCCCCUCCUGGUCUUUGUCAACUCCAAAAGUGGUGACAACCAGGGGGUGAAAUUCCUCCGACGCUUCAAGCAGCUCCUCAACCCGGCUCAAGUCUUCGACCUGGUCAACGGCGGGCCGCACCUCGGUCUGCGCCUGUUCCAGAAGUUUGACAACUUCCGGAUCCUGGUGUGUGGAGGCGAUGGCAGCGUGGGCUGGGUCCUCUCCGAGAUCGACAAACUCAAUCUCCACAAACAGUGCCAGCUGGGGGUGCUGCCCUUGGGCACGGGCAACGAUCUGGCGCGGGUGCUGGGCUGGGGCCCUUCGUGCGACGACGACACCCAGUUGCCCCAGAUCCUGGAGAAGUUGGAGAGGGCCAGCACCAAGAUGCUGGACCGCUGGAGCAUCAUGACCUACGAGAUUAAGAUCCCACCCAAACACAGCUGCCCCACCACGCCCGAGGGAGCCAACGACUGCCAGUUUCACAUUUCAGCCUAUGAAGACUCCGUAGCUGCUCACCUCACGAAGAUCCUCAACUCUGAGCAGAACUCCGUGGUCAUCUCCUCUGCCAAGGUCCUGUGUGAAACGGUGAAGGAUUUUGUUUCCAAAGUGGGGAAAGCCUACGAAAAAAGUGCAGACAACACGGAGGAGUGCAACACCAUGUCUCUCAAAUGUGGCGUCCUCAACGAGAAACUGGACUCCCUCCUCCAGGCGCUCAACUCCGAGAGCCGGGCGCCACCGUCGCUCUCCCACUCCACCCCUCCCAUCGUGGAGGAGGAAGAGGACGAGGAGGCCAGCGAGGAGAGCCUGACGGAGCUGAAGGAGAAGAUGGAGGAGGAGGAGACGGAGAAAGGUGGCGGAGGGGCCCCGCACCAGCUGUUCAAAAGCAGGGAGCAGAUGAUGCUCCGGGCCAACAGUCUGAAGAAAGCCCUGCGACAGAUCAUAGAGCAGGCCGAGAGAGUGGUGGACGAGCAGAACGCCCACACGGAGGCCACCGAGCUGCCGUCUCCGCUGGAGUUCAGGAAGGACGGCGAGGAGGAGAACAGAGACAGCGAGAAGGACGAGGACACCAAGGAACUGGAAGCAGUGACGUCUGCCAAGAGUCCCUGUUCCCCCCCGGAGAGGAGGGUGAGCCGCUGCACCCAGUCCUACAGCGCCUUCUCCAUCACCCCCUUCACCACCAGCAAGGAGAACCUGCCCGUGCUCAACACACGCAUCAUCUGCCCCGGCUUGCGGGCAGGUCUGGCUGCCUCCAUCGCUGGCAGCUCCAUCAUCAGCAAGAUGCUGCUGGCUAACAUCGACCCCUUCGGUGCCACGCCGUUCUACGACCCCGACCUCGACUCCCUAGUGGGCUACAUGGAGAAGUGCGUGAUGAACAACUACUUCGGCAUCGGGCUGGACGCCAAGAUCUCCCUGGAGUUCAACAACAAGCGAGAGGAGCACCCGGAGAAGUGCAGGAGUCGCACCAAGAACAUGAUGUGGUACGGCGUUCUGGGCACAAAGGAGCUUCUGCAGAGAACCUACAAGAACCUGGAGCAGAAGGUGCAGCUCGAGUGCGACGGCCAGUACAUCCCCCUGCCCAGCCUUCAGGGGAUCGCAGUGUUAAACAUUCCAAGCUACGCGGGCGGGACAAACUUCUGGGGCGGCACCAAGGAGGACGAUAUCUUCUGUGCCCCGUCGUUUGACGACAAGAUCCUGGAAGUGGUGGCUGUGUUUGGGAGCAUGCAGAUGGCUGUGUCCAGGGUCAUCAAGCUGCAGCACCACCGCAUUGCACAGUGCCGGACCGUGAAGAUUACCAUCCUGGGGGAUGAGGGAGUUCCCAUUCAGGUGGACGGCGAGGCCUGGAUCCAGCCGCCCGGAGUCAUCAAGAUCCAGCACAAGAACAGAGCCCAGAUGCUCACCAGAGACCGGGCGUUUGAGAACACGUUGAAGUCGUGGGAGGACAAGUUGAAGUACGACAAGCAUCCUUUGCGGCCACACCUCUACCCGCAGCAGUCCGUGGAUCUGGCUACGGAGGAGGAAGCCGCCAUGGUGCAGAUGUGCGCCCGAGCGGCAGAGGAGCUCAUCACGAGGAUAUGCGAGGCUGCGAAGACCAACGGGCUUUUGGAGCAGGAGCUGGCUCAUGCUGUCAAUGCCUCGUCUCACGCCAUCAACAAAACACACCCCAAGUUCCCGGAGAGUCUGACCAGAAACACGGCGAUAGAAGUGGCCAGCACCGUCAAGGCUCUGUACAACGAGACCGAGUCUCUGCUGCUGGGCCGAGUCUCUCUGCAACUGGACCCCCCAGAGGAGGAUCAGCUGUCCAGUGCUCUGCAGAGUGUGGAUCUGGAACUGGGCAAACUGGGAGAGAUCCCCUGGCUCUACCACAUACUGCAGCCCAACGACGAAGAGGUUGACUGUGCUUAUGUACCAGGACCACUCUCUGGGUUACGGCAAGAGGAACAGUCGCAGCAGCAUGUUUCGCAUAGUGCCCAAGUUCAAGAAGGAGAAGGCCGCCAAGAAGACGAGCCCUCAGUCAGUGGAGAGAUGGGGCCCAGAGGAGGUGGGAGUCUGGCUGGAACAGCUGAGUCUGGGGGAGUACAGAGACACCUUCAUCCGACACGACAUCAGAGGCUCGGAGCUGCUGCACCUGGAGAGAAGGGACCUGAAGGAUCUGGGGAUAUCGAAAGUGGGUCAUAUGAAGAGAAUUCUCCAGGGAACUAAAGACCUGGCCAAGGCCUCUAUGGUUGACCUCUAACCCUGGAAGCCCUCCCCCAUCGGUGGAAGAGUGUGCAGCAGCGAAGGUGACGAGAGGAGAGCCGGAUUCUUUUUUGUUUUGUUUUUGUAUCCCUCUGCUGAGAAAGCAGUCGUGAUGUUGUUGACGAGACGACGUCGGCGUGUUCGUUUGUGCUUCGGUGCCAAAAUGACCGUCGAGAAAGCGAAUUGAAAUGCAAAAGGACUUCAUGGAUCUUCACACACACGAGAAAGAAAAAAGAAAAAAAGGGAACAAAAGCCCCUUUUUUAAGUUAUUAACCAUUCAUUGCGCACAAUCAGGUAUGCAACCAACCGUACGGUUGGCAGUCGACUUGUUGUUUGAGUUGUGACGACAAUAGUAGCAAAAACCAGGACUUUCACGAGCGAGGGAUCGAGCUCCGCUUGGCAUCCCGGAGCUGCCGAGGCAUCGACGCGGCCUUCGGGGGUUCAGCGUCGCAUCUGAAGAUGAAGGUGUGACAUCACAGUGCAGCCGGUGGUCUGGAAGGUGGGACGAACAGUGGGAUACUGUCGCAUGCUGUGCUUGCUCGUCUUUACAUUUGUUGAAUUGCAUGAUAAGUGUCUUGAUUCUUUUUCCCUUUAUUUUGUUAUCUUUUUUUUCUUUUCUUUUUUCUGUGCAAAAUAACACUUGAACAAGUUUUACAUGACUUAAGUAUUAGGAUGCCAUUUGUUACUACUGAAAGCAUCUUUUAUGGUCUAAAUCCAACUUUUCCUUCUUUUUUUCCGAGCUUUAAUUUAUUUUGUUUGCAUGCUAACGAUGUGUCAAAGAUUUGUGUUGAGUGCCAUAUUUUUAGUCAUCUAGUGUAGAACGUGCUUUAUUGGUAGAAGUCAUAAGAAGUUUUAUUUUAUUUUCUUCUUCUUCUUCUUAUUUUAAAGCUGUUGAUGAGGUGUGAAUAUUUGGAAUUAGUAUUUGUGAGUGGACACGUUCUCUGUGGGUGUGAAAUCAGUACCAAAGUGAAUGUCUACGAAAACAUUGAUGACUUUGUUCAGUUCGCGCAUCUUAAAUUAAAUAGGCCAGUAGGUCUUAGUUCUUAAUUCCAUUUAAGGAGGAGAUUGGCGUUGGCACGAAGCCAACCGCAUCACCCAUAGGGUGGCGGAGUUUAUUUUUUAUUUUUUAAGGAAACACUUAAAAGGCACUUUCUACUUCUUGCUUCAUGCAAGUGCAAAUACUCAUAUCAUUACAUAGAAGUAACGGUUCACCUCAACUUUUGAACUUUUGGCAAUUUAACGCAGUAUUUAACACUCAUGAGAAUAGCAGUAAGAUAUCGUUUUUUAAUGUGUAACAGAGCAGUUGAUCUGCGGCCUGCAUGGCAUCGUUCAAGUGCAGCUUUAUUAUUUUUCUUUAUUUUUUUCUUCUUUAAAUUCCAAAGUGAGACGUUGAUUGAUAGAACACUACUUUUACCUUGUUAGUUUCUACUAAGACUGGUGGCAUUACAGGGUAUAUUUCUAUAUGUGAUGCUAAGUUUGUAUAAACAUAUAUGCACUGUAUAUAUAUAUAUAUACAUAUAUAUAUAUGUAUGCAAACCAUGUUUGUAAGUGUUGUAGUCUAACGCAUUUGUAGAUUGCUGACAUGGCAUGCAUUGUCAACAGCUGACACAUUUGAUUGUGUAUAUUACACCAUAACAUUUGUGUGUUGUUGAUGUGUGUUCUAAUCUCUUGUACACGAUAAGGCUGUUGUCGUCUAAUGAUGGUGCAAUAUUUGAUCUCUUGUUUUGAUACUGUCUCUGCAGCUUUCUGGCAUGAUGUUUAUCAGUGGGGGCGGGGGGGGGGGCAAACAAACAAAAAAGCGUUGAAAGAGGUUUUUUUGUACAUGUACUCUUCCCCUGAGGUUUAGUGGAUUAGAUUUUAAGUUUAUAGUUAAGGCCCGUAGAAAGAGUGCUUUCUUUCUUAUGGACUCCAAAUUUCUUCCAGCGGUUCAGUAGUUUGUAGUUUUGCUCCUCUGUGCUUCCAGGAUGAUACACUAGAGUAGGACUGUGUCAGCGGGUGAGGAGAACGGGCAGACACGACUGUUGUGUUUACACCUAAUAUGUAUCACAAUGUAUUUGUCCACAUUGAACCCUUUCAUCAGCAAUCGUAUACUUACGAUUGCCAACUAAUUGUAUCACGCCAUUUCAACUCUGAUAUCUUCCCCCCUUUCGGAGAGCAAUGUGUUGCUUUGUGUGUCAGGUUUAAUUCUGCCUUUUCACCUUUUUAAGCGGAAUAAGUCUAAAAUAGUUUAAAACUUUUAUUUUCUUCAUUUCGUGAAUAUCGAGUGCUACGUUUUAACACGUGCACACAUUUUCAUCUGUCAUCAUCCAACGCAUCCUAAAUGGUAAUGGCAUGUGAGCGAGUCAGGGGCUGAAUCUGCAUGAGCUGUCUCUCGUAUUCCACCAGAGGGCGAUGUCCCCCCCCCAGUCUGGCUGUUGCUCAUGCCGACAAUCAGUUGCGUUCAGGCUCCUGUGUUCAGUGGGCCGCCGCGUUGCAGAAAUCAAUAAGCCUAUCAAUCAAAUUCAAGACAUCUUCUUUUUUUGUUGUUGCUCAUACUUAAUAAUAACCAUCAUUGAUAAACGGUCAAUGUGUAGUUAAUUGAACUGUAGCUAAUAGUCGAACAAUGAAAUGAUCUAUUAAUAAUGUUGACUAAUUAGUUUAGCUACUUAUGUAUUUCAUCAUAGCUGAUAAGAGAUGAAAAUAAUUACAUUAUAAUUACACUAUUAAUAUACAUUGUUGUACAUGUCAAAUUUUAGAUACUGUAUUAUGAAUUUGUUAAUUAAGCGUCUGUGUAUUUAGAAAAGCUCUAUACAAGUCUGAAUUAUUAUUAUUAUUAUUAUUAUUAAUGAUUACCACAUUAUUUGUAAAACAUCUAUAAACCUUAGAUAGACCGACCCGAAAUCAAUUAAUUGACAAAGUAUACAAACUGUCUAAAUAAUAUUUCUAGAUGAUUUCCAAGUUAUUUAUUAGCCAUUUAACCCUCUGGAGUCGAGGGUCAUUUUCUCGAUUUUAGCAUUUUUUAAAUAUUUACCCUUUAACGCAGUAUUAUAAUCAUUGACUAUCGAAAUAAAGUUAAAAGAUGGUGAUCAUAUAAUAUAGAAGAUGUUAUGCAACAAUAAACAGUUUUACUAUUAUUUACUAGUCAACAUUAUGAAUCACCAUUUCAUUGUUUGUCAACGAAAUGUUUAUUUAUUGAUGAUGGUUGUUAUUGAGUGUGACCCUGCCUUUUUUUUUCUUGGAGUAGAUCAGAUUAAUUGUUGUCUAUUUAAUGACCAUUGGCCUUCUAAUAGCCAGAAUCUCUGGAUUUCGGUUUAGUCCAAGUUGAAGCCUUUCUGUUAACAUGUGCUUUAAAUGGGGCGCUGUACUACAACUGCUGCACGCUGCCUUGUUCAGUCGCUGUUUGUUUUAUGAGACCUCCACCAUGCAGUCGGCAUCCACUAAUACCGUUGCAGGUCCUGAGCUGUGUGUCUGUCCCUGUUUCCGUUCUCCAUGCGUCCAAAGUGUCUGCCGGGGUCUCUGGCCCCAGACUCCAGGCGAGAGAAUGCUCGACCUCUCCACACAGAGUGGAAGUAGCCACCUUUCUCCCUCGCUGUGUUUUCCAGUGGUCUGUAAAUAAUGCUGCACACUGCCUGGUUUCCCAACUAACAAACAAACGAAACCCAUGCAAGGAACCCCAAAAGAUGGGAUGACAUGAUAGCUCUGACGUGCGGGUUCCUGAAGUGAUGGGAGAAAAGUGAGUUUCAUUUGUUUACAUUAUGUUUACAAUGGCACAGUUUUCAUUUUUAAGACUAUAUAUGUAGGUAUAAACAAUAUUUGCAUAUUUAUUGCCUAAGGUUAAAUGACAUGAUGUGUG